ACAGGCACCGGGCUGACUCUGCCUUACUCGCCUUUAACCCGUCUUGUUUUUCGCCUUUUUGUGUCUUAUAUUCUGACACCGGUGUUGUGUCGAAGUCUGCUCCUCCUUCAUGUAGUGUUUCACGUAGCGGUGCCCUCCGUGGUUGGGGAUAGGGCUUAGGUCAGGUUCUGGUUAGGCGUAGCAGAGAUAACUGGUUAAGGGUACGGGUAACGUUGGGGUCCGGUUAAGCAUCUCAGAAACCGACUGGUUGGGGUUAGUAUUAAGUUUAGGUUUAGGUUAAGGUAAGGAGGACCCGGUAUCGACGGGGAAACACACUUCGACACAACCGCAUCAUCGUUAGUGAGUGAGUCGCGCUGAAUGAACCGCUCAAUUGUGUUAAACUGUAGUCGCCAAACGGAGAAAACGGGAUUAUUUUGGGUCUUCAGAGGAGUCUGCGCUGUUCACUGAAGCGAUGUGUGUAACAAUACUGAUUUGCCGGAGCUUGAGAUUAUCAGCUUAUUGGAGGAACAGCUGCCAGUCUACAAGCUGAGGGCCGACACCAUCUUCGGCUAUGAGCAAGAUGAUUGGCUGCACACGCCACUGGUGGACCACGACUCUGCCCUCGACCUGACCAAUGAACAGAUAGAGGAGACCCUGAAAUACUUCUUACUGUGUGCUGACAGAGUGGGCCAGAUGACGAAGACCUACAGUGACAUUGAUGCUGUCACACGGCUACUGGAGGAGAAAGAGCGUGACUUGGAGCUGGCAGCUCGCAUCGGACAGUCACUGCUGAAGAAAAACAAAGCCCUCAGUGAGAGGAACGAACUGCUGGAGGAGCAAGUAGAGCACAUACGAGAGGAGGUUUCUCAGUUGCGUCAUGACUUGUCCAUGAAAGAUGAGCUGUUACAGUUCUAUACCAGCGCUGCUGAGGAAAGUGAGGGGGAGUCUACCACCUCCACACCUGUGCGUCCGCGUGAAAACAAUGUGUCAACUCCCACUUUUUUCCCCCUGGACUCCUUGCAGAAGAAACUCAAAGAUCUCGAGGAAGAAAACAAAUCAUUGCGAUCUGAGGCCAGUCAUUUGGAGACAGAAACUAUCUGCUAUGAGGAAAAAGAGCAGCAACUUGUCAAUGACUGUGUCAAAGAACUACGUAAUUCCAACCUGCAGAUUUCCUCUCUGGCUGAAGAGCUGGCCAGGAAGAGUGACGACGCCUCCAGACAGCAGGAGGAGAUCACGCACCUCCUCUCCCAGAUAGUGGACCUCCAGAAGAAGGCCAAGCUGUAUGCCGUGGAAAAUGAGGAGCUGACUCAGCACUUAGGUGCAGCCAAGGACGCCCAGCGGCAGCUCACUGCUGAGUUGCGAGAGUUACAAGAUAAGUAUGCAGAGUGCAUGGAGAUGCUUCACGAGGCUCAGGAGGAGCUGAAGAACCUGAGGAAUAAAACUCUACCACUUAGCACUCCGAGGCGUUUCCAUUCUCUGGGUCUGUUCCCAAUGGACUCUCUGGCAGCAGAAAUAGAGGGCACCAUGAGGAAGGAACUUCAGAUGGAUGAUCCGGACGUAGAGGAGCAGAGACUGCAACCAAAGCGAGUGUUCCAGACAGUGAAAAACCUGAACCUGAUGCGUCAGCAGCGUUCAUCGUUAGCCCCCUCCCCUCUCAACAUCCCAGGCUCCAACCAGACAUCAUGCCUCACCUCACAGCGUUCCAGCAGGGUGGGCACGCCGCACUCCAACUACAGUAGCGAGAUGGGAAGCGGGAUCAUCCUGGACAACAGGACUAGCAGUAUCCUGGAGAACCCAGAUGAUGGGUCAGAGGACUCUAACAAGCGGCCCCCUGGCACCCCAGGGACCCCAGGCAGUAAGGAUCUGGAGGCAGCCCUUCGCCGUCUGUCCCUCCGCCGUGACAACUACCUCUCAGAAAAACGCUUCUUCGAGGAGGAGAGGGAGAGGAAGCUGGCUUACCUAGCCAAAGAGGAAGAAAAAGGAGGCGGAGGGAGCAGCGGAGGCACAGGGACACCGACAGAGAGCCUGUUGUCACUGUGCUCACAUCCCUCUCUCGGAAGUGUCUGGUCAGGAUACUCGUUCACAGCGAGAUCCUACCUGCCGGAGAAGCUGCAAAUUGUAAAGCCGCUAGAAGGCUCUGCUACUCUCCAUGCAUGGCAGCAGUUGGCUCAACCCCACAUGGGUGCUCUGCUGGAUCAUCGGCCCGGUGUGGUCACGAAGGGCUUCCGCACUUUAGCGCAUGAGCAGGAACAGGAAGACGGCUGGCAACUGGACCAACCGGAGGAGGACGAACUUUCGUGUGACUCUUUUACUGGCUCGCUGGGAGAGAGCUCUGCUCUCAUGGAUCUGCCUCGCUCUACCUCUUCUCCCUCUGUCUGCUGCAACACGAAAAACGGAGACGACGAUGACGAUGGCCAGUCAGAAACAUUGCAAGGAGAAAUGUGCAAGGCUAGAGAAGCGAUUCCAGUAAAAGAUGGACAUGUUGCAAACAUGCCCCUUUCCUUCUCCAGACCCUCCCCAACUUCUUCUCCUCUCCCCUCUUCCUCUGAGAUGAAUGGGCACGUGGACCUCAAGGAGCUCCAGGCCUUACAGCCCGCCACAAUGGACCGUAUGCCUGUUAAUUUCCCAGGGAAGUGUAUGUCCCAUACAAGCUCUACAUACACCUUCACUACCUGCAGGAUUCUCCAUCCCUCUGAUCAGCUGACCUCUGUGUCGCAAAGCCCAGCUCUAGCCUCUUGUCAGAGCAGUGCUUGUAUCAGCUCCCCUACCCCCAUUUCCUCUGCCCCACCUACACCUUCCUACACCCCCUGCUGCACCCCACGCCGCCUCUCCCUCUCCCUCUCAUUAGCCGAGUCCUCCACCAACCUUAGGGACUCCACCAAGACCACCAGCACUUCUCUAGGCCUGGUGCGCCUCCUGCUGGAACAUGGAAUUUCUGCCUCAGUGUAUGACCCCCGCAGCUGGGACCGAGGGUUGGAUGCCAGUGGAGCCUCAACACCCGUGGGAGUAGCGCAAGUGCAGCAGAGCAGCAAAGCAACAGGGGACACCGAACCCAGACGGUUGGUGAAACGCCCAGACACCCUCCUCCUUCAGCCCUCCACCCCACCUAACUCCCCUCGCUCCAAAUCUGCCGCCUCUACCAGCACCUGUCCAGUUUUUCAGUUCAGCCCUUCCAAUGAAGAUCCGCCAUUUUAUGACACCUUCCUCGCCUCUAAGCCAGCUCGUACCAUUCUGAGGGAAGUGCUGGGGGAGGCAGAGAGGGAGCGAGGGGGCCAAACAGAUGAUGACAGCCAAACAGACGUGCUUAAGCUGCGACUCGUGGACAAACUGAAAUUUUUCCGCACCCUCCCCCCUCAUGCUGCUUCUGCAUCAUCUGGGAGUGCUCUAUUAGCCCCCUUUGGAUCUGCUGGACUGGGCAACAGUGCCCUUGGUGGGGGGCUUCCAGGUUUGAAUGCAGGGCUGAGGAGGAAUCGAAGCUAUCCUGCCAUGGUAGGAGCCAGUAUGGCUAUGAAAGACCCAGGAGGGCCCCCCAGCACAGAAAUACUCAUACCACACACGAUGCAAACCCCACAUCCCCAACAUGCAGUAUGCACACAGGAAAUGGGCAAAAUGCAAGCAAACCACGCACUGGUCACAAAGGCCAUCCACAUACCACAGACACUACAUGCACUAGAAACAGUCACACCACAGACAAUAAUACAAAGACACACAAGGCCAAGCGACGGACUGCAGGAUUCAACAAGCAAUGACCAUCACGCUGACGAUGAAACAGGGACAUAAUAGGAGAUACUGAGUGUAUUAGCCCGUAUUACAACAGACGAUAUGAUUACAUAUACAAGUUUAUCUACAAAACCAAAUACCCAACACAACUAUACAGACAUCCUUCAACUUUGGAGUACCCCAGACCAAACAGCUACACUGCUGAACAAUAGAGUCCACCUACAGACUCAACUAAACCAUAAGGCAUCUCUCCUAACCAGUCCAGACUCCAGCUGAUUUAUUUAAAUAAUCAUCAGUCUGAUCAGUGUAAAUGAAUGAAAUGGUGGUGAAUAAACCAAUAGUGGCUGACACUGUUACACUGUGUUAUACCCAUACUGUCAGACCACACCAACAACGAUGGAGUAUGUUGCCUUCCUCAUUGUCUGUUGUAUCUGUAUAUUGUAUAAGAUGUAUAUGCAAUAUACUGUGUCAUAUAUAGUGUGAUAUUAAAAGGCCCAAUCUGGUGGAAGUGCAGCAGAGCUUUCCCUCAGCCCUCUUUUCUUCUCAUUUUCCUUCUCAAGCUGAAUGAGUGCACUGUUGGUUAAAAAUGGUAACAUGAAUUUUAAAUGUACGGUACUGGCCCGAAAUGUAGGAUUGUUUUUUUACCUCCUAUUAUCUAUGAAUAAAUGGAGGUUGCAUAUUCCAGGACUACACAAUUACACACUCAUUACAACAUGUUACUUUAGGAAAGUGCUGUGUCAUGAGUUAUUUGGAGCCCUGUUGUCAACACAGAAAUCUCCAGAAAGCAUUAUCCCCAUAAAAGAAGAUCAUAAACGACAGGUCUGUUGACAGGACGCACAGCGAAGUGUUCAGUCUGUGGUUCCAGCUGGUGGGGCCAAGGACAGACGAACUGUACUGUCAGUACCAACCAGGAAGAGACAGAGAGAAAAAAUAUAUUCUCUCCCCUUGUAAAACUACAGCCAUAGUAAAGAUGGCAGCUAGUCCUGAACGGGGGCUAGCCAACGACCAGAGGCUUUAUUUAGCUAAAAGAUUUUUUUUUUUUUUUAAUUUUAAUCAUAUUAUACUUUUAUUCAAAUGCAGAAACUCAUUCAAAUAUGGUUAAUUUUAUUCCCGAGUGUUAAACAUCCCCCCCCCCCCUUUCUGUAUGUAUUUAAUCUGUAGUUUCAAACUAACCCAGAUUGGGGCUUUAAUGUGUCAUCUUGCUGUGACUUACUGUUCUUAUGUGCCUAAAACAUCUGACAUACUGUAUCUCAUUGGAGUACCGUUUGUUUUGUUUAAUUACUUUAGAAUUUGAAUGCAGUAGAGAGUAAAUCAGUGCGCACGCACAUUCAUGUAUUUGCAUGUGAACCUGCUGACAGUCCCCUCACAUGCUCAUUUGUGUCUGUUUCUAUUCCCGGCUCCGUUUUUGUCUCCUCAUGAGUUUGGAGUGAAGCAUCCCCUUCAUUUAUAAUCCACAGGGUCAUGUAGCACACAAACAGUAAAACAGGCCAGGUCCAGGUGUACAGACACCUGUUAAAACACUGUGACUGCAGAAAGCAAGAGGCAGACCUGCAGGAAAAAGCGGUCAUCCUAAUGCAGAUGGCAGCUGUAACAUCAGAACGUAAAGCCUGUGACAGGCACUGCUGCACCCCGAGCUUUCACUCCAAGCCAAAGUUGCACCUUCAUAAAGAGCAGGCGGGACCACAACAACACAGAAUUAAAGCACGUCUGUUUGCAAAUCAGUUAUCACGUAUUACUUUUCCCCCAUGUUGCUCUCAUAGACCUGAACCAUGCAUACUGUACAUACUGACAACAUAGAGUUUAUUUUUUCCAAAAUCAAGCUUGUGGGUGAAAAAAAAGCAAUAUUACUCAUUAGAAAACAUGUAUGUUUCUGAAUGUAACUGUAAAAGGAGUGAGUGGAAAUAUCCAAAUGUUGGUUAGAAGAGCAACAGACGAGCUGGGGGGAAGCUUUUAGCAUCACUGACCCUGUUCCAGUGUCCAUCAGACACCUCGUACACUUUCUGUCUAUUAUACACGACUUAAGAGAAACAUGUCUGCCUCAUACAGCAUUUCAAUUCUAGUCUGUAGAAGGACAUUGGGACUGGGCCCCUGACUGCUUGUCUGACUCACAGUGAAUGGAUGGGAAUGGCUGGCUCUGAUGCUGGCAGUGAGCUGAUGAAAUCCUUAAUGAUUAAGGGGUUAAACUAGCAAUGUUAUUGAGUGGGAGAUUAAUAACCAUUAAAUAUAUUUAUUGAAUACUUGGAUUAUUAGAAGCACGCAUAUAACUGAAUGUGCGUUGUACAUGUUUAAGUGAAGGACUUUUGCAGAUAGUAUUUAUAUUUUGACAUUUUGAAUCAUUUUUCACCAGACAGUUUAUGUCAUAAUGGUGAACUGAUGGACAUUUCUCUGGCUUCAUAGAAACAUUUCCAUUUAAAACCAUUACUUCACAACAGUCGUAGAUUUGGGAGAAAAAAAACAACAACAACAAUCAAUUUACAGUGUUUAAUAAUGAUACCAAGUGCUAAGACUGAAGCACCCAGGAGUUGGUGUGUCUUGUUUUUUCUGUGUGUCAGCUGAAUCAUCUGAAUGUACGUUAUUACAAACAGUAACCCUGCUGUAGGGCCAUAUAUUUGUGUACAGUAUGUUGAUUUAUCUUCAUCAGUUUGUGUUAACUUCAGUAGGGUACAUUGUAAAUGUAUGCAACAAAUAUAGUUCCGCUAACUUUUUUCUUUUUGAAAGAAAGUGUAACAGUAGAACAAGAAUACAUGGGAUUAAGUUGUUUUUUUUUUAGUUCAGAGGGAAAGAAACUUUUCUGUUCAGGGUCUGAAGUGUUCUAUUCUACAGAACGGACUGUACUGUCAA